ACGCAGCAAACCCACGACCUACAGAUCCCUCCAUUAAACACUUACUCUUCACUCACAGUCUCACAGUCUUCAAGAUGCUGUUUACCCAAGUCACCGCCAUCCUUGGUCUCGCCGCCAGCCUCGCCUCGGCCGUAAACAUCAAGCUCUACUCUGGUUCGCAGACCUGCUCGGGCAGCUACGUCGUCUGUAGCGACAUCGCCUCGGGCAGGUGCUGCGCGUCGACCACCAACUACCGCAGCAUCCGCUUUGACGGCGGCACGGGCACCAGGAACCUCCGCGGAUUCGUCAACGGCUGCGACAACAUCAUCAUCAGCCAGAACGCCGGCUUGCCCUUCUGCAUGUCCCGUGGCGACGGCGGUAGUCUGAACGGCGCCGUGUGGCGCGCCGCCUCGCUGCUUAGGCGCGGGCCGGAGGAGGAAAGCUGCCCCGCCAGCCAGGGUGGUUGCAAGGAGACGGCCAAGCCCGACAAGGUGGUUCUCGCCGAUGGAGCUGAGUACAACCUCAAGGGUCUGGAUGAUACCAAGUUGAACGAAUUGAGUUAUGCCACUUUUAGCGUCGACCUCGUCUCCAACGAGACCGUCACCGGCGCUGAGGACGUCCCACAGGAGUUCCAGAUCCUGCGCAUCGCUGCUUAG